AUGCAGUCCGGCUUCCGUAACCUAGAAGGCCAUCUAAAGGAUCGUCACCCAGAUCUCAGCCAUCAAGUCCGCAGCGAUCUCAUCCGCCGUCAUAAGGGCCUACUACCAACGCUACUAGAAGAGGGACCAAGGGAGGAUCAACUGGCCCGGCAUGGCUCAUCUAACCCGGCCGAGCCCGUCGAGGGUCUCCCCAUCCACCGGGGUUUCGCAUGUACCUGGCCGGGCUGCGGGUACCUCACGCCGAGCUGGAAGUGCCUACGCGUGCACCUCAACGACGAGCACAACGCCAAGGCAGCCCAGAGGAAGACCCAGGCGGACCUCUGGGCCGCCGUGCAUCUACAGACGUUCUUUACCGGUCCGAAGAGGGCGAUCCGUUACUUUUGCGUUCGCGAACCAGAAGACCAGAAGACGAUCACCCACAUCACCAAAGGAUGGUCACUACAGCAGGAGGAACAAGAAGAGAUGCAGAAGGUCAUGGACGAAGGUAUCUUGAGGCACGAGACGACCAACUGGCUGAAGCGGACCGGCUGGUCGGCCCACUUUACCGGCAGGAACCUGAUGGACAGGCAGGGACAUCUUACGAAUCUAUCGAAUCGAACGCCAAGCCUUGGCGUUCGAAUCGAAUGUGACCCCCGUUGA